AUGUUUGUUAUUUUUCAUCUUCAUUUCCCCUCUGAUUUCCCAGAGAACGCAGAGCCGUCCGAGCUGAAACAGUUCUUCGACCUGAACUACUCGCAUAUCUACUAUGUGUUCUUCGAGAACUUUGUCACCAUUGAGGUCAGCCUCAAACAAAAAGGUCACAAGUCUCAGAGGGAGGAACUGGACUCAAUUCUCUUUAUAUUCGAGAAAAUCCUCCAGCUCCUGCCAGAGCGUAUCCAGAGCCGAUGGCAGUUCCACAGCAUCGGGCUGAUCCUCAAGAAGCUGUUGCACACUGGGAAUUCUUUGAAGAUCCGUCGUGAGGGCGUGCGCCUGUUCCUGCUGUGGAUGCAGGCGCUGCAGAGUCAUGCCGAGCGGGAGCAGCUCUGCAUGUUCGCCUGUUUGAUUCCUGGCUUCCCGGCUCCACUCUGUCACGGGACCCCACGCACCCUGGACACUCUGAUCAACCCCCCGCUGAGUCUAACAGAGACUCAGGUCACCCCAGAAGAGAUCACCCCAUUGGUUCCCCCCCAGUCAGGUGACAAAAACCAGGAAGACCUCACCGCUUACUUUUUAGAAGCGCUACUUAAAUACAUGGUAAACCAGGCCAAGUCUCUCGAGUGGCGCUGCAAAGACAACCAUGAACGCGCCUUCAGCUUCCUCUUCGGUCACUUCAGGAAGUUUUACCUUCCUCACAUCUUUCCCAACUUCGCCAUGGAAACCAGCCUUUACAACCCCAUACUGGACGUGCCCCCGAUGCGUCCUAAGCCUUACUACAGCGUGGUGCACAGGGAGCAGGACGGGGGGGAAACGGUGUACUGCACCAAGGAGAGCUUCCUCCAGGCCCGGGUCAUCUUCAUCCGCUGGCUGGUUUCCUUCUGGCUGGAGCCGCGGCCCAACGCGCAGACACACAUCCCGGGAACAGAGGGGGAGAAUGUCCCCAAGAACAUACAGCGUGCAGCAGCAGGACUGGCGGCUCGCUCGGCAGGCAGCUCUGAGGACUGCGGCGGAGGCGGCUCCGAUUGGACGCCCACCUGGAAAGUAGCGGGUGCUCGUCUGGGCCGGGCGGGGGCAGUGGGGCUGUCCGGGGGUCUGGGGUCCGGGUGCGAGGUGGAACAAAGCCACUCCAACACCUCCACACUGACGGAGAGGGAGCCCAGCUCCUCCUCGCUCUGCUCCAUGGAUGAAGAGCAGCUCACGGACAUGGAGGUGGUGAGGAGGGUCCUGACCUCCUCUAGAACCAACGUCAACUUCAUCACCGAGAUCUUUAGACAGGCCUUCCUCCUCCCCAUGUGUGAAGCUGCGGCGAUGCGUAAGGUGGUGCGUGUUUACCAGGAGUGGAUCGCCAUGGAGGGCAGGCCAGUGUUCAUGAAGGAGCCGGAGGAGGGCCCCUACCCCCCCACUGGCAGCCUGGACUCAGGCUCCCAGCUCGGAGACAAGGAGGACGAGGGAAUGAACAGAGCAGUGGAUGAGGAACUGCUGGAGUACAGCGUCAAUGCUGGAGUUCAGACCACACUACAGGUAUUCAUCACCCACUCCUCCAACGUGUUCCUUCUGGAGCCAGCCAACGACAUCAAGAUCCUUCUGGAGGAGCACGUGGACAUGUGCAAGCGUGUCCUGAACAUCUACCGCAGCCUCGUCAUGCACGAGACCAUGGACCAGAAAACAUGGGAGCAGGCGUUACUGGUUAUGCUGAGGGUGACGGAGUCUGUGAUGAAAAGGCCUCCAUCCAUCAUGCCCCAGGUCAAGAAGAACAACACGCUAUCAGGCCGGCUGGCCGGACCCAUCUUUCAGACGCUGAUCGUGGCGUGGAUCAAGGGGAAUCUGAACGUGUACAUCAGCAGAGAGCUGUGGGACGACCUGCUCUCCGUCCUCUCCUCUCUCACCUGCUGGGACGAGCUGGUCACUGAGUGGUCUCUCACCAUGGAAACGCUCACCAAGGUGUUGGCCAGGAACCUUUACACUGUGGACCUGAAUGAGCUGCCUCUGGACAAACUGAGUGAACAGAAACAGAAGAAACAUAAAGGGAAAGGCAUUGGCUCAGAGGGUCAGCGGCAGAUUCCGGACCGUUCCUUUUCCAAAGGCUGGAGCAGAGACCAGCCGGUGCAGGCGGCGGCCAUGAGGCAGCGCAGUGCCACCACCGCCGGGUCACCUGGCAUCGAGAAGGCCCGGAGCAUCGUCCGCCAGAAGACUGUGGCGCUGCGUAGCUGCUCUACGGGGGACUCUCUGCUGUCCUCAGCCUUUAUCCGCAGUGCUAAGAGUGCUCCCACUCUGGCUCCGCCUCUUUCUGUCCUCCUCCACAGCCACCACCCUUUACUACCCCCCCUUGCUGACCAGCUGGCAGACCUCGAGGACCCGCCGAUCACGCUGACAACCCGCUCCUCUCGGAUGCGCCACUCUUCCCAGAGCGACGAGGCUCCUCCCACUUCCUGCUCGGAGGUCUUCCAGGGAGUGGCUUGUGACCUGGAAGCCGCCGCCCCUUCCUCCCUCCCGAGGAGCAGCAGUGCCUCUGACGUCAUGGAGCCCUUCAUCGCUGAGCGGGUCAAAGCUAACAAAGAGGAGGUGGUCCAUAAGGCUCGUCCCGUCUCCAGUGACGUGGGAAGCACCAACCCAAACUUCUCCGACCUCAUGGAUGAGUUUAUCCAGGAGAGACUAAGGGCCAAAGGAACAGCCGGUCGCCGUGGCAGCAGCCCAGGAAGCCUGGAGGUUCCCCGGGACCUGCCGGAGCUCCUGGAGGCAGGUCACAGUCCUGGAUUUCGGGCCUCAGACGAUCACCGGCCUAUCGAUGACCCGGGCGUUCCCUCAGAGUGGACGUCCCCUGCGAGUGCCAGUGGCUCUGAUGUCGUCAGCUCAGACAGCCAAUCAGACUCCUUCAAUGCCUUUCAGUACUCCACCUGCAAGUUUGACAACUUCACUUACAGUUCAGAAGCUGGUGGAGGAGGAGGUGGAUCCGGGGGAGGAGGACGAGGAAGCUCAUUGGACCAGGACAGCCUGGGAGGAGGCGGGGUCGGGGACGAACACGAAGUAGCAAGUUUGACGACACUUCACAUCGACUCGGAGACCAGCAGCCUCAGCCACACCGUCACUGUCACUGGUUCUGAAAGUGCGUCUCCCAUGCAUUCCCUCGGGGGCUCUCGCUCCCAGACACCCUCCCCGGCCACGCUGACAGCAGACCACGCUGACCACACACACUCCCACUCACACUCACACCUACAGCUGGACCAGAAGCUCCACAACUCAAUGCUGCAGACUCCAGAUGACCUGGAAACCAGUGAGUUCCCAAGCGAGGACUGCAGCGUCAUGGCGGGUGGCUCUCUGACCGGAUGGCACGCAGAUGUUGCCACGGUAAUGUGGCGACGGAUGCUGGGUAUCCUGGGCGACGUCAACACAAUCAAAGACCCAGAGAUCCACGCUCAGGUCUUCGACUAUCUUUGUGAACUGUGGCAAAACCUGGCCAAGAUAAGAGAUAAUUUGGGCAUUUCUCUGGACAACCAGUCGUCUCCCCGGCCCCCUGAUCUGAUCCCGCCUUUGAGAAUCCUCACGCCCUGGCUUUUUAAGGGCCGGGUACAAAUCGAAAACGGGGCCCUCUCCAUAGCUGCUUUAAACCUGUCCGAUUCAGCGAUGUAUCAGUGUGUGGCUGAAAACAAACAUGGCAUUAUUUAUUCCAGUGCCCAACUAAUGGUGUUAGCUUCACCUCCCAGUUUCUCCAAAAGUCCAUUAAGGGCCCUGCUAAAAGCCCGCUCAGGAAGCGGAGUCACUCUGGAAUGCAAGCCCGAGGCCUCACCCCCAGCAAUUAGCCUGUGGAAGAAAGGGAAUGAGAUCCUGCAGAGAAGCGAAAGGAUUACUUUGCUUCCCAACGGGACUUUAAAGAUCGCCAAUGUUACCCGACGGGAUGCAGCCAUCUACACGUGCAUCGCUAAGAAUCAGUUUGGGACCGCAAGCACAAGUGGCAGGCUGCUUAUCACCGAGCCCACUAGGAUCACCAUGAGGCCUACUAACAUGGAGAUUAUUGUUGGCGAGAGCAUCGUGUUACCCUGCCAAAUUGCCUGCGAUCCAGCUCUGGAUGUUUCUUUCUCGUGGGCAUUCAACGGCCAGCUCAUCGACUUCCAGCGAGACAGCGAUCAUUUUGAAAGAGUGGGCGGGAGUAUAUCAGGGGAUCUAAUGGUUCGUAACAUCCAGCUGAACCACGGAGGAAAAUAUGUCUGCGUUAUUGACACUGAUGUGGAGAGCCUGACCACCUCUGCCAUCUUAGUUGUGAAAGAGAACAUGCCCGAAGGCUUGGAAUCUAAUCCCGAUCUGUGUCGGAGAGACCAAGUGGGCCCAUCAAAACCAUCCGCUGUGCAGAAAGCGUUGCCGGGCCUGAGGUCCAUCGAUGGCCAGCAGACAGACUCCUCUCUAGCGCCCCCUGCUGUUCCUCAGCUCGGCUCGGCCUCAGGCAGCUUCCUGAUGUUCUGCCAGGCUCAGCUUCAGCAGACUCAGUAUUCACAGCAGCAGCUCAGCAGGGAGCUCAGUCCUUGUAUGUCGCUGGCCUCUGCACACUUUGACGUUCCUCUGCGAGACGGACCACCAACACUUAAAACGGUGGUCAGCUCUCUGCUUAUCUUCGUGACCCCUCCAAAUUACUCGGCACAAAAGAUGAAACGUGGCGGCGGCUACCAGCCCGGGUCACAGCGAGGACUCCUAUGGCUCGGGGGGUCCCUCUGCUUCACCCCUCACUGUUUGCCCUCUACCCCCCUGGCCUCUGGACAAUGA